CCUCGUUGGAGAUGAGCCAAAGGCACGUUCACCUCAUGACAUUCCUAUCGUUCGUGAGUUCGUGGAUGUGUUUCCAGACCAGCUUCCCGGAGGUCCACCUAGACGACAGGUGGAAUUUUCUAUUGAUCUUAUCCUUGGAGCCGGACCUGUUUCAAAGGCACCGUACAACAUGGCGCCUAAAGAAUUGCAGGAAUUGAAGACCCAAAUUCAAGAGUUGCUGAAUCUCGGUUUUAUACGACCGAGCGUUUCUCCUUGGGGAGCACCAGUCCUUUUUGUCAAGAAGAAGGAUGGAUCCAUGCGUAUGUAUCUUAACCGGUUGACGAUCAAGAAUAAAUAUCCGCUUCCCAAGAUCGAUGAUUUAUUUGAUCAGUUGAGGGGUGCCUGCGUGUUUUCCAAGAUUGAUUUGCGUUCAGGCUACCACCAGCUAAAAAUCAAGGAGUCAGACAUACCCAAGACAGCUUUUCGUACGAGAUACGGUCACUUCGAGUUCGUGGUUAUGCUGUUUGGCCUCAGUAAUGCCCCGGCAGUAUUCAUGGACUUGAUGAACCGUGUAUUUCAUCCUUUUCUCGACCAGUUCGUUAUUGUUUUCAUCGAUGAUAUUCUUAUUUAUUCCAAGAGCCAGAAGGAGCACGAGGAGCACCUGAGGGCCGUUCUCAAGUGCGAAUUUUGGCUUCAGCGAGUGGCUUUUCUUGGUCACAUUAUUACUUCAGCAGGUAUUGAAGUUUAUCCUUCCAAAAUUGCUGCAGUCCAGAAUUGGUCAGCACCGAAGAAUCUGUCCGAGGUUCGUAGUUUCCUCGGCCUUGCAGGUUAUUAUCGCAGAUUUAUCGAGGGGUUCUCGAAGAUUGCACUACCUUUGUCUCACCUGACGAGGAAGUCUGUAAAGUUCGAGUGGACAAACCGUUGUGAGUCGAGUUUCCAGGAGCUGAAAAGGAGGCUUACGACGGCACCGGUGUUGACUAUUCCAGAUCCUUCUCGGAGCUUCACCAUCUAUAGUGAUGCUUCGAGGCAGGGUUUGGAGUGUGUACUUAUGCAAGAUGGACAUGUCGUUGCUUAUGCGUCACGCCAACUUAAAAGACAUGAACAGAACUAUCCGACGCACGACUUGGAAUUAGCUGCAGUUGUUCAUGCCCUCAAGAUUUGGCGACACUAUCUAUACGGCGGUCAAUGCGAAAUCUUUACUGAUCAUAAGAGCUUGCAGUAUAUCUUUACUCAGAAGGAGCUCAAUAUGAGGCAGCGCCGUUGGUUAGAACUCGUCAAGGAUUACGAUUGUACGAUUCAGUACCAUCCGGGAAAGGUGAAUGUUGUUGCUGAUGCCCUAAGCCGCAAGGUGAAGGGUGACUUGACAUAC